UCGCAGUCUCAGUGAGUGUGUGGGAGCCGAGCCCGGUAUGGCUAUCAGCACCGGAGUAUGCAAGUAGUUCUAAACUAGCUAAGCUUCGCUCUUGAAGAAGAUGGCCAUUAAUCUGACGAAGAACAAGGAUGCCCUUGUCAAUGCUUGGAAGAGCGUCGUCGAUGAUAAAUCUGCUACCGAUUGGGCUGUGUAUGGUUAUGAGGGCCAAACAAAUGUUUUAAAAGUUGUUAGUUCUGGUAAGGGAGGAUUGAGGGAGAUGAUUGAGGAGUUAAACGAGGGAUCGAUUAUGUAUGCAUUCUGUCGGGUCAUAGAUACCAAAACUACAUUGCCAAAAUGUCUGCUAAUAAACUGGCAAGGUGAAGGUGCACCUAUUGUAAGGAAAGGAACUUGUGCAAAUCAUAUCAGAGAUAUCGAAAAUUUGUUGAAAGGAGCUCAUAUAACAAUAAGUGCUCGGUGUGAGGAAGAUGUUGAAGUUGACUUGAUUAUGGAAAAACUGUCAAGGGCUACUGCUUCAUCUUAUAAAUUUAAUGAACCUCGAGGUGAAAAUGGAGGACAUGCAGGUCCUGUAGGGACAACUUAUCGCAGAGUCAUACCAGCUCAAGAAAUUAAUGCUAGUGAGCGUGACCAAUUCUGGCAAAAAGAAGAAAUUGAAGAAAAGCAGCGUUUGGAGCAAGAACGCGCUCGUAAUCAAGAAAGUCGACGGAAACUUGAGGAAGAAGUUCGAAAACGCGAGGAAGUGGAGAGCAAAUUACGUGAACAAAAGGUUGUUGCAAAGGAAGAUAAAAUUGCCAAGUUACGGGAAGCAGAGAAAAGAGCAGAGGAGAUCAAGAAUUUGAGAAAUCAAAACAAUUCGUCGAACGAUAAGAAUGGUGAUUCUGAUGACGAGCCAAAAUCCCGUAGCGAUGAGUUACGCAGACAAAGGAAUAUGGAAGCGCAGCAGUUGAUAGCCCAGAGAACAAUCAAUGCCAGAGCUAUUUUUGAACAAAACAGCAGUGCUGGACAAACAAGAACAGCUAUGACUCAUCAACUCAGAGGAAAUCACGUUGGUGCUGCUAAAAGAGCAUUUGAACAAAAUCAAGUUAAACAAGGCAAAUCAAAGGAGACUGUUAAAUCCGAUAUUAAAUCAAAUUCUGAAGUCAAACGAGAAAUCGUACAGCCUCUACUGCAGCCACAAGCACAGCCCCAAGCACAGCCACAAGUACAACUACCACAACAGAUAGCUUCUCCUCAAAUAUCACCUCAAGUCGAACCGGUAACGCUGCCGAUAAUCGUGCAGCAACAACAGAAUAACAUUGAAAUCAAGCGAGAAGAACCGUCACAAAUUAAACAGAAUUCUAUUGUUGAGAAUAACAUCAACCAUGAAGAAUUGACUAAUAAUAUAGAACAAGUACAAGAGGAACCAGUGGAAACACAGCCAGCAUCAGCUCAGAACAUUGAUGAAACUGAAAAUGAGUUGUAUGGGCAAUUGGAAUCAGGACAGUAUUUAUAUCUUGACCCUAAUAAUCAAGGUAUGAAGGCCAGAGCUCUUUAUGACUACCAAGCAGCCGAUGAUACUGAGAUUACAUUUGAUCCUGGUGAUAUCAUUACUCAUAUUGAUGCUAUUGACGAGGGAUGGUGGCAAGGGCUCGCGCCCGAUGGCACUUAUGGGCUUUUCCCCGCUAAUCAUGUUGAAGUUAUUAAUUAUGGUUCAACAUGAUGCAAACACAUCAGUACUACGUUUUAUGAUUAAUUACCUGGUGGUAAAAUGAUUCUGUAUAAUUCUUUUUUUUCCUUUUCGUUCCCAGCAAUUGCUUUCUAGAAUAACUUUACUCAAAUGAAUGUUAUAUAGGAUGUUGAGAUCACCCUCAUUCUUUCGAUUUUUUUAGCCUACGGCGCUACUUAAUUUUCUACAGAGAUUGUGCUUAACGUCGACAAGACGUUUGUAAAGUUUUCUACUUACAUACUGUUACUGUAGCCAAAUUUUUGUAAACGACAUGUUCAUGAUCGAGAAUUUGAAAAUUUUUAUACAUUUGUAGUAGAGCAGCAUUGACACUCGAAUCUGUUUUAGAUUAAUAAGAAACAAAAAAAAACAGAUAUGGUAGCAUUUCAGAUUAGAAAAGUCUUUUCACCAGGUUUACAUUGUUGCAAAAUAUUUUUAUUAUAUAAAAUUACGCACUCGAUCCCCGGGUAGCUUGCAUAUAAUUGAUAUUAAAUUCAUAGAAUAACUUCCGUUUUAUUAGCAGGUAGCCAUAUAUUUUACAUGAAAAAUAGAAAAAUAGAUUAUAUAUGAAAAUUAUAAAACUAUUAAGUACAGUGAAAAACAGAGUUUAGAAGCCAAAGUAUUAAAUUAUUUUACAUGACUGAAUGGUACUUAACUACAAACAGUAAUAUUGAAAUUUAAAAUCAAGCCCAGCAGAUAACAGUAUUUUCAAUUUCUUUUGUAAACUGUUUCAUUUUUUUUAACACGUUGACAGUUAGUAGAUUAUUUGUUUAUGAUUUAAUUAAAUAGAUAGAUAUUAAGUUUAUAGCUCAGGGAUUUCUGAACAAUUUUUUUAUUGCGAAAAAUAAGAGUUUAAGCUUUCUUUUACUUGAAAUGGUGCAAUGAGUUGUACUCACUAUCCAAGUCAUUAUCAUUUGUACAUAUUUUACAUUUUAUUAGGAGUUUAGAAUCGUGAACUGAAGCGUAAAAGGAGUUUUAUUUAUUUCCGUACUAAAUUUUCCAAGUAUUGAAGAAGAAACUUCUCAUUUCUGGAAGUACAAAUUUUAAAAAAUGUAGAAAUAUUAAGUUUGUAAUUUAUAUCAAGCGACUAUAAUAAUGAUUGGCUAAAAAUUAGUUUUUAAAUUGAGCUAUUAAAUCGUAUAUAGUUGUUACUUGAUUUUGAAAGUAUAAGAAAUAAUUUUAAAUUGAAAAAUAAAAAAAAAGUAUAAGAAAAAGGUUCUUGUGGGAGUUAUUGUUCUGUAUUUUAUCCAAUUAUAAAUGUAUAUAUUAUGAUUAAAAAUCAAUUUCAUCCUAAUGAGUUACAACUAUAAAAUUAAAUUAGAAACAAAUGAAAUGUUGUUUAGAUCCAUUUCAAGGUGUAAUUCAUCUGUGAAUGAAUUGAACUUGCAUAUGACAUCUUCCUCUAAUCGUAAUAUUGUAUAACAUAUUAAUGUCUAAGGAUUUUUAGAAAAUAAAGUAUACUGCCAACAUUUGAAA